AUGUCACUUUUCAAGAAAGAAGUCGAUCGAUUGACAAAUGCGGGUAUUUGGAAACCUGUGAAGUUUUCCCAAUGGGCUUCGCCUAUUGUACUAGCGUCAAAAGCUGAUGGUUCCAUAAGAAUUUGUGGGGAUCUUAAACAAGCAGUCAAUGCGCAAAUUGACAUUGAACAAUAUAUUUUGCCCAUACAUGAAAGUCUUUUCCAUAAAAUUCAUUGCGGUCAACAUUUUACAAAAAUCGACCUUAAGGAUGCGUAUUUACAAAUGGAACUCGACGAUGAAGCCAAAACAAUAAUAGUUGUCAACACUCCGCUUGGAUUAUUCCAAUACUAA